UCAUCAAACAUCCUCAGCCCUCAAAUACAAUGGUUAUGGAACAAUAUUAUUUCUCUCCCAUAAUGAUCCUCCUCCUGGCUUUUCUUUCCUUUCUGGCAAGCUGUUUCUUGGUACUCUUCUACAGGCACAGAACCCAGUUCGCCGGCAACAACCUUCCUCCCGGUAAUGUUGGCUACUCUGUGAUAGGCGAGAGCUACGAGUUCGUCUCUUCGGGCCAGAAAGGCCACCCCGAGAAGUUCAUCUUAGACCGGGUGAACAAGUACUCCUCCCAAGUCUUCAAGACCUCCUUUAUAGGGGAGAGAACUGUCUUCUUCUGUGGUGCCGCUUGCAACAAGUUCUUGUUCUCCAAUGAGAGUAAGCUUGUCAAGGUCUGGUUUCCGAGCUGUGUAGACAAGAUUUUCCCUUCUACCACCGGAAACGCCGCAGAGGAGGCCGCGAAGGUGAGAAAGAUGCUACACAAAUUCGUGAAGCUCGACGGUCUGCAACGAUAUUUCGGAACCAUUGACCAGUGCACCCAAUCCCACUUUGCAGAUAGCUGGGAAAACCAAAAGGAAGUUCAUGCCUUUGAACUCGUCAAGAAGUACACCUUCAAGCUUGCUGCGCGAUUGUUUGUUAGCCUUGAAGAUCAAGCGGACAUAGAAAAACUCAGCAAACCGUUUCAUGUAGUGAAUGCCGGAAUCACAUCGAUGCCCAUCGACUUUCCUGGAACCCCGUUUAAUAAAGCCAUCAAGGCUGCUAACUUGAUUAGGAAGGAUUUGUACAGCAUGAUCAAGCAGAGGAAGGUGGAUUUAGCAGAGGGCAUUGCAUCCCCCACACAAGAUAUGUUAUCACACGUUCUUCUAACCUGUGAUGAAGAUGGAACAUAUUUGAAGGAAUCCGAUAUCGCCGAUAAGAUUCUCGGUAUGUUGGUUGCCGGCUAUGACACACUUAGUGCUGAAUUGACUUUCAUUGUCAAGUAUCUUGGCGAGCUUCCUCAUAUCUAUAAUGCAGUCUACAGAGAGCAAAUGGAGAUUGUAAAUUCAAAAGCCCCAGGGGAGCCGUUGAAGUGUGAAGACCUUCAGAAGAUGAAGUACUCAUGGAAUGUAGCUCAAGAAGUGAUGAGGGUAGCACCACCGGUUCAGGGUGCCUUCAGGGAAGCUUUAACCGAUUUUGCAUACAAUGGAUUCACCAUUCCAAAGGGCUGGAAGUUGUAUUGGAGCGCAAACUCGACACACAAAAGUGCCGAUUGUUUUCCUGAACCGGAGAAAUUUGACCCGUCAAGAUUCGAGGGAAAGGGACCGGCACCUUACACCUUUCUUCCGUUCGGCGGAGGUCCGAGAAUGUGUCCCGGAAAUGAGUACACUCGGGUGGUGACAUUGGUGUUCAUGCACCACUUAGUUACAAGGUUCAAGUGGGAGAAUGUUUUUCCCGAUGAGAAGACCACUGUUGCUCCUUUCCCUACCCCUUCCAAGGGACUUCCCAUCCGCCUUUAUUAUCAUCCACGAUGAUGGAGCAGCUCAGCGUACCAUAAGCUACAAUAUGGUGAAAGAAUGUUACGUUUUCAUAUGGUCUGCAGAAAUUGCUUCUUAUAUUUGGUAUGAAUGGUUUGAGAAGUUUCCGUUUUCUCUAGGGUUAUAAUCAGGACAAU